AUGAGCUGGAAUGGAUUCAAAAAGGCGAUGAACCGGGCGGGCACGUCGGUGAUGAUGAAGACGGGCCACGUGGAGAAGACGGUGGACCGGGAGUUCGAGACCGAGGAGCGUCGAUAUCGAACCAUGGAGACGGCGUCCACCAAGCUGAACAAGGAGGCCAAGGGCUUUCUGGACUCGCUGCGAGCCAUGACGUCGUCGCAGACGCGAAUCGCAGAGACCAUUGAUGCGUUUUACGGCGACGCUGGCACCCGGGACGGCAUUUCCAAGUACUACUUGCAGGCUGUCCAGGAACUGGAUGCCGAGACCGUCAAGGCUCUGGAUGGCCCCUACCGAGAGACGGUGCUGGAUCCCAUCACGCGAUUUUGUGCUUACUUCACUGACAUUAACGAGGCCAUCAAAAAGCGAAACCACAAGCUGAUGGACUACGAUGCUCUGAGACACAAGACCAAGAAGUUGAUUGAAAAGCCCAGCAACGAUGCCGCGCGUCUUCCUCAGGCAGAGAAGGAAGAGCAGAUGGCCAAGGAAAUGUACUCUCAGAUCAACAACCAGCUGAUUGAGGAGCUGCCCCAGCUGAUCGACCUGCGGGUUCCUUACCUGGAUCCCUCGUUCGAGGCUCUCGUCAAGAUCCAGCUGCGAUUCUGUACAGAGUCGUAUACCCGUCUGGCGCAGGUGCAGCAGUAUCUGGACGCCAGCAGUCGAGAGGAAUACGCUAACGGCCAGUUGGACGCCAAGGUGGAGGAUCUACUGCAGAACAUGAGAGAGUUGAGCAUUACUAGUUUGGGAACUAAAUAG